CAGGCUCUGACUGGGCUGAUCGAGUCAAUUUUAUUGACUCAUCAGCCCACCUGGGAUGAUUGUCAGCAGCUUCUGCAGACCCUCCUCACUACUGAGGAAAAGCAGCGUGUCUACCUUGAGGCACGGAAAAACGUCCCUGGAGCAGAUGGCCUACCGACCCUACUGCUAAACGAAAUCGAGGAGGCGUUUCCCUCAACCCGUCCUGAUUGGGACUACACCACCAUUGCUGGUAGGGAGCGACUUCGUCUUUACCGCCAGAUUCUCCUUGCGGGUCUCAGAGGGGCUGGAAAGCGCCCCACCAAUUUGGCCAAGGUACGUGCAGUAGUACAGGGGGCUGAGGAAACGCCGGCAGGCUUCCUAGAAAGAUUAAUGGAAGCCUACCGUAUGUACACCCCAUUUGACCCCCUGGCAGAGGACCGGCAGGGAGAUGUAAUCAUGUCCUUUAUAGGACAGUCAGCGCCGGACAUCCGCAAUAAAUUGCAGCGGCUAGAGGGGCUUCAGGGGUAUACUAUACAAGAUUCAAUGAAGGAGGCAGAAAAGAUUUACAACAAAAGGGAGACCCGAGAGGAGAAGGAGGAAAGGAUCCGCAAGGAGCAGGAGGAAAGGGAAGAUAAAAGAGACAAAAGACGUAAUCGAGAGCUUAGUAGAAUUUUGGCCACCGUAGUGCAGGAUACAGAAAGGAGUAGACCAGGACAGAAUAGGGACUUGGGAGACAAACGAAAGCCUCGGGUGGAAAGAGAUCAAUGUGCCUAUUGUAAAGAAAGAGGACACUGGGUCAAAGACUGCCCGAAGAAAACACAGGGACCAAAGAAGAGACCAGUUCCAAUCCUGUCCUUGGAAGAAGACGACUAGGUGAGUCAGAGCCAGGAGCCCCCCCCUGAGCCCAGGAUAACCCUUGAAGUGGGGGGCAGACCGGUAACCUUCCUGAUUGACACGGGAGCCCAGCACUCGGUACUGACUUCAGAAAAAGGGCCUUUAAGCUCCAAGACUUCCUGGGUUCAGGGGGCAACUGGAGGGAAGUUAUAUCGCUGGACAACCAAUCGAGAGGUCCAGUUAAGUACAGGACUUGUGACACACUCAUUCUUACUAGUGCCAGACUGCCCCUACCCCCUCCUGGGCAGGGACCUACUCUCGAAGGUAGGAGCCCAAAUUCACUUCCAUGAGAAAGGAGCUACCAUCACAGACUCAGGAGGGCGGCCCCUCCAGGUAUUAACACUACGCUUGGAGGACGAACACCGAUUAUUCGAGAGGCCCUCGUCCACCAUGGCUCCCCUGGACCCCAAGUGGCUCACAGAUUUUCCUCAGGCCUGGGCAGAGACUGCGGGAAUAGGGCUGGCCGUCAACCGGCCUCCCUUGAUCAUAGAUCUGAAGCCCACGGCCAUUCCCGUGUCAGUUCGUCAAUAUCCGAUGGGCAAGGAAGCUAAGGAAGGUAUCCGGCCACAUAUCCAGAGACUGUUACACCUAGGCAUUUUAAAACCUUGUCGUUCACCUUGGAACACCCCCCUACUACCAGUAAAGAAGCCUGGUACAGGUGACUACCGCCCAGUACAGGACUUGCGGGAGGUUAACAGGAGAACGGAGGAUAUGCAUCCCACAGUGCCCAACCCCUACAAUCUGCUAAGUACCUUGCCUCCGACCCACGUAUGGUACACUGUGUUAGAUCUAAAAGAUGCAUUCUUUUGUUUAAGACUGAGCCCUCAGAGCCAAUCCAUCUUUGCUUUUGAGUGGAAAGACCCAGAGACCGGGUUUUCAGGACAACUCACCUGGACAAGGUUGCCCCAAGGAUUUAAAAACUCGCCUACCUUGUUUGACGAAGCUCUGCACCUAGAUUUGGCCGACUUCCGAGUCAACCAUCCGGACCUGGUCCUCCUGCAAUAUGUGGACGACCUCCUCCUUGCCGCUGAAACUGAGCAGGACUGCCUAAAAGGUACCGGGGCCCUGCUACAGAGACUGGGGGAAUUGGGCUAUCGAGCCUCCGCGAAAAAGGCCCAAAUAUGUCAGAAACAGGUGGCCUACCUAGGCUACCUCCUAGAAGGAGGGCAACGGUGGCUGACAGAGAGCCGAAAAAGGGCGGUUGCUCUAAUUCCACCCCCCACCGAUGCCAGAAAGAUGCGGGAAUUCCUCGGGAGUGCGGGAUUCUGCCGCCUUUGGAUUCCUGGGUUUGCGGAGCUGGCAGCCCCAUUGUACCCCCUCACGAAGUCCAAUGCUCCCUUUCAAUGGAGAGAAGAGCAACAGCGGGCGUUUGACAACAUAAAAAAGGCCCUAUUGUCAGCCCCAGCCCUGAGCCUCCCUGAUAUGACCAAGCCCUUCACAUUAUACGUGGAUGAGAACAAGGGCGUGGCGAAGGGAGUGCUAACACAAAUGCUUGGACCCUGGAAAAAGCCGGUGGCAUACUUUUCAAAAAAGCUAGACAAUGUAGCGGCCGGCUGGCCUCCGUGCCUCCGCAUGAUAGCGGCCGUGGCAGUUCUGGUGAAAGACUCGGAUAAAUUGACUCUAGGCCAACCUCUCACCAUAGUGGCACCUCAUGCUGUGGAGACAGUUAUCCGCCAGCCACCAGAUCGGUGGCUCUCAAAUGCUCAGAUAACUCAUUACCAGACUAUGUUAUUAAACUCAGAGCGGGUCCGGUUUGGGACUGCCACCUCUUUAAACCCGGCCACCCUGCUUCCGGAACUGGGGCCCCAGGCCCAGGUAAUCCAUAACUGUCACCAAAUCCUGGCUGAGGCCCACGGCACCCGAAAAGACCUAACCGACCAGCCUCUGCCGGAUGCCGAAAUGACCUGGUUCACGGAUGGGAGCAGCUUUCUACAGAACGGUGAGCGGAGGGCUGGGGCAGCGGUGGUGGAUGGAAAAACUGUUAUCUGGUCAAGUGCCUUAAAGCCUGGAACUUCUGCUCAAAAAGCCGAGCUCAUAGCCUUAACUCAAGCUUUAAAACUGGCACAAGACAAAAAGGUCAACAUUUACACAGACAGUCGGUAUGCUUUCGCCACUGCCCAUGUACAUGGGGAGAUAUACCGGCUAAGGGGCCUCUUAACCUCAGCAGGCAAGGACAUUAAAAAUAAGCAGGAAAUCCUAGAUCUUCUACAGGCCCUGUUCCUGCCCAAAAUGUUGAGUAUAAUUCAUUGCCCCGGGCACCAACGAGGAGACGACCCCGUAGCAAGGGGAAACAGGAUGGCAGACGAGGCCGCUAGGGCGGCAGCCCUGAGCCAACAGGUGCUCCCGUUAAAGACAAUUGAGCCCACCCAAGUAUCGAGGGAACCACCUUUCCUCUAUUCGGACCAAGACUUAGAUACGAUCCAGCGGCUCGGUGCAGAGUAUGAUGAACAAAUAAGGGUUUGGAGGCUCGGAGAGAAAAUAGUCCUGCCACACCAAUUGGCUAAAGAAAUAAUUACCAGCCUCCAUCAAUGGACUCAUUUGGGACACAAAAAGCUAAAAGCAGCCUUACAGGAAGAUAGGCAGUCUUAUUACAUCCCCGGACUUGACUCUUUAGUCCAGCAGGUGACUGAAUCCUGUGUUCCGUGUGCCAAGGUAAAUGCCAGACACCUCAAGCUCCCGGAGGGAGCUAGGGUAAGAGGAGACCGACCAGGAAUCAACUGGGAGGUCGAUUUCACUGAGAUAAGGCCGGACAGUUAUGGGAAUAAGUAUCUUCUAGUUUUUGUAGACACCUUCUCCGGAUGGACUGAGGCAUUCCCCACAAAACGGGAAACCGCCCAGGUGGUCGUC